AUGGACGCAACAUUGAUGGAGCAUCAAAAAUUAGGAUUGUCCUGGUUGAGAAAAAUGGAGGAAGGCUCCAACAAGGGUGGAAUCCUAGCGGACGACAUGGGCCUUGGAAAGACUGUACAAGCACUGGCUUUGAUUCUUGCGCGACCAUCCGAUGAUUCUCUUCGCAAGACAACUCUCAUCAUUGCACCGGUGGCACUGAUGAAACAAUGGGAGAAGGAGAUUAAAACCAAGGUCAAGACUCACCAUCAGCUGAAAGUGCACGUCUACCACGGCGCGGGCAAGAAAUGCAACUUCAACAGACUGAGGCAGAAUGAUGUGGUGCUAACUACUUUCGGUACCCUGGGAGCCGAGUUCAAGAAGAAGAAAGAGCUGGUGAAUCGGAUGGCAGGCCAACAGGCCGAGAACCUUGCUGCUCUGGAAGAGCUGCCUCUCGUUGGGGAGAAGUGCAAGUGGUACCGGGUUAUCAUCGACGAAGCCCAGUGUAUCAAAAACAAGUCAACUCUCAAUGCCCAGGCUGCUAUGGAACUGCAGUCGAUUCAUCGCCUCUGCAUGACGGGUACCCCAAUGAUGAAUAGUGUCGACGAGUUGUACUCGCUGAUCAAAUUCCUACGCAUCGGACCUUACGAUGAAUGGUCUGAAUUCAACCUUCACUUUGCUAGACCAAUAAAGAGUACCAACAACAGCGAGCGCACUAAACAGAACGCAAUGAAGAAGCUUCAGGCGUUACUGAAAGCCAUUCUUCUUCGUCGCACCAAGAGCUCGCUCAUCGAUGGCAAGCCCAUCAUCACAAUCCCACCUAAACAUGUCCACCAAGUACAGGUGACAUUCAGUACGCCUGAGCUCGAGCUUUAUAAGGCGCUAGAAAGCAAAACGCAGGUUACCUUCAACAGAUAUCUCAGGCAGAAUUCUGUGCAAAACAACUACGCCAACAUCCUGGUUCUUUUACUUCGCCUCAGACAAAUGUGCUGCCAUCCUCAUCUCAUCAACGAUCUGAGUAUAAACACGUCGGUCAAAGACAUUCCAGAGAACGAUCUGAAGGCUAUGGCAGCCCAACUCGGCGAUGACGUCGUUGCGCGGCUUAAGGGCCACGAGGGUGAAGGAUUUGAAUGCCCCGUCUGUUACGAUGGUGUCACGAAUCCGACCAUUUUCAUUCCCUGCGGUCACAAUACUUGUUCGGAGUGUUUUACCAAACUUGUCGAUCCGCAACGAGCUAUCCAGGCUGGCGAUGAGCGAGCGCAACCUAGGUGCCCCGAGUGUCGCAAUGACAUCCGACACGACAGGAUCACCGACUUCCAGCACUUCAUCAAAGUCCACAUGCCAGAGAAAGACGACGACGCGAACUCGGGUGACGACGAAGAUGGAGACUCAAGCUCGGAUUCAGACGAGAGUGAAGAUGAUGAAGAUGAGACACUGGGUGGCUUCAUUGUUGAUGAUGAGGAUGAGGGAGUCACCGACAACGAUCAGGGUGAUGCCGACGAGUCGAAGGUGCAGAAGCCCAAAGGCAAGGGUAAAAAGUCUAAAGGAAAGGGAAAGGCCAAGGAAGCCAAUUCAGGAAAGUCCUUGAAGUUCAAGAAAACACUCCCUCAACUCAAGAAAGAAUCUAUGCGCAACAAGGCCGCAAAGGACAAGUAUCUCCGCCGUCUGAAGGCCGAUUGGAUAACAAGCGCGAAGAUCAACAAGACGGUCGAGGUCCUCCAGGAAAUCGAGGACAACGACCCCUCCGAGAAGACGAUUGUUUUCAGCCAGUUCACGUCGCUGCUGGAUCUCUUGGAAGUUCCCCUCUCAGAAAAGAAUGUCCGCUACCAGCGCUACGACGGCAGCAUGAAGGCCAGCGAUCGCGUUGACGCCGUCAACACAUUCAUGGAGACGACGACGUGCAAGCUCAUGCUCAUCUCACUGAAAGCCGGCAACGCCGGCUUGAACCUGAACAAGGCCUCUCACGUCAUCAUCCUCGAUCCCUUCUGGAAUCCAUAUAUCGAAGAGCAGGCUGUCGACCGCGCACAUCGUAUGAUGCAGAAGCGCGAAGUGCAUGUCCAUCGCUUGCUGGUGCCUGGUACCGUCGAAGACCGCAUCCUCGAGCUGCAAGAGCGCAAGAGGGAGAUGAUAUCGAUGGCGCUGGAUGAAACAGCUGCCAAAGGCAUCGCUCGGUUGGGCCGUCGGGAGCUGGGAUUCUUGUUUGGCGUCAACACUCUCGACUAA